AUGGUGGAGUCAUCACCUUCUGUAGAUUGUCCUUCCCAGCCAUCAUUAUCUUCACAGAAGGGGACCCAACCUUCUACAUCGAUACAAAUGGGAGGCCAACUACCCAGACGUAUAGAGAUUAACAGAGAGACCCAAUCAUGCACACCUGUACCAAUAGAACCACAUUCGGAAGCAGAAAAUGUCGACUUGUUUUCCGACAUUGGAGAUCGUUUUGUUGUCAUUGUUGAUAGUAAUGGAGGUAGAGUAAAAAGACCAUUGCACUCGAUUCAUGACAUUUGGCAUCUUCCAGAAGGGGAACGAAUUGAUAUGGAGCUCAAUAAUCUUGGUCAACCCAUCAAAAAGCAAGACUCAAAGGUGGUAAGGUUUGGUGGCCUGAUAGCGAGAACUAAUAAGUUGGUUCCAAUAAUUUACAAGGAUUGGAGGUCGGUGCCUAAAACCAUAAAGGAGGAAGCGUGGAGUCUUAUAAUGGGCAAGUUUAAAGUUCCUGAUGACAAAUUGGAUGCAUUCAAAAAAUGGAUACUGAAGGACCUGGGGAAGAAAUGGAAAGACUACAAACACGAAUUGAAGAAAAAGUUACUUCAUGAAAAAGACACAUCUGCAGCACAAGUUGUGGCAAGGGCAAGUCCCGAUAUGGUGGAUUUAUCGCAACUAGCGGAGUUGGCCAAUCUUUGGUUCGAUCCAGAAUAUAAGUCAAAAUGUAAUAAAAAUAAGGAGUGUCGUAAGAAGCAGUUGGUUGUUCACAGCGGAGGAUCAAAAAGUUAUGCAAGAUAUGCCCAUGAUGCGAAAAAAUCAACUGGGACAUUGCCAAGUCGAGCCCAGUUGUUUGUCACGACACAUAAGAGAAAGGAUGGCACCCACUACAAUGAUGAGACGAGGAAGAAAGUUGUAUGCAAGAAUGAAGGAGAUGAUCACAUUGAUGUUGUUGCAGACAUUCGUACAGGUAAUGAAUAUGACGAUCAGAAGCUAAUGGCACUUGGGAUGAUCAGUACUAGCUAG